AUGCAACAAAAAGUCGACGAAGAAACACCUCUACUUGAUGAAAAGCGUUGCCACAGCAACAACCACCGGCUAUCACGACGACUCAGUAUUGCCGCCAUCAUCUUGAUCAACAUUUGCUUUCAAGGAUAUCUGUUUUAUGCAAGGCAAUGCAUAGUUGUAUCCCAUGAGACGAUUCAUUUUGAUCCUCCUCUUGUCAACGACGACUUGGUAGUUGCUCAGCAAUGUGGUCGUCCCACCAUCCCUUGGCAAUCGGUUUAUACGCUCCCUUACGACAUGUACAGUGGUUUGAUCAUUGAGCAAAAGGCUACGCGUCAACUACAGAUUCAGGAAGGUCAUACAAAGAUUCGUCUCAAUCCCGAUGUGGCCGAUACCACUGUAUACUUUGAUAUCAGACUUGUGGAUAAGGAUGACCAACAGCUUAUCAGCAUUCAACACGAUGAACCAGAUCUCGGCAUAUUAAGAUUGAUAAUGGAUACCAAGGAAGAUCUCCUGGACACUAUUUGCAUCACGCUUGACAUCACCAUCGAACUUCCUCAUUUGGCUGCCAUUGAUCGAUUGGAUCUUAGCGUUUCCAACAGCGAUAUCGAGUUCCUGGAUAAUGGUGUCGUGCUCAGCGAGGCAUUGACUUUGGAGACAGCAAAUGGAAACAUCGCAUUCAAGGAUGUAAUCACGACGGCCAUGGCAUUGGCUACCAGCAAAGGAAACAUUCAUGCUCAUCUCAAACAUGGUAUGGGUGAUCUGAGUGCAAGCACUUCGGUGGGUGAUAUACUUCUUGAUGCAACCGAAAUCGAUUCGCCAUCUCGUGUGGAUCUUGCUGUGUCAAAAGGAAAAGCCGAGGCUCAUUUGCCCGACUCAUUCGAAUCCACAUUUACAUUAUCAACUGUAAUGGGUAAAACGCAGGUGUCAUCCAUCGAUCACCCCGAAAGAGUACAUGUCGAGCGAAGAGGACUCACAAAGCUGAAAGGAUACUAUGGGACGUCAAGAGACGCCACCGCUGGUAGUGACGUGAAAUUGGCAACAGUGAUGGGUGAUGCUGUGAUUGUAUACGUAUAG